UGGACGUUUUGCCCAUGUGAUGUUUUCGGGUUAGCGCCCCUCCCUUCACUUUGGUAAGCUGUUAUUCACAACCCCAUCUGAAUUCGUCCGGAUGGUGUUGGGCUCUCAGUUAGCCUGUGUUGAUGUGUUCAACGCAGAGGCAGACAGCUGAUGAUGAGCCUCCUGGGUGUAUUUAAAGACCUGGGAAAGCGGAAGUCUGGCCCGCUGUGUGAUACCAGCUGAGAACCUCCAGCUAGCACAGAGCUGAACAGCGUCUAGCAUUAGCCAACGGGAGUGCUGCGAUUUGACCAAUUCAUACACACAGCGAAACAUGAAACGAGGAGGAGAUGCGAAUAUACUAGGGCGAUAAUGCCUGUCGCCGUAAAACACUGAUAGAGAAGACCACACGGGGAAACUACACUUCCCCAACGCGUGGAAGAGCAGAGUUCGUGCUUCCUGAUCCCUCCUUCAUCCCUAUAUUCUGAGCCUUCACACCCUCACCGCCAUCUCUACAGCCAGCGUCUGGACACUGUAACCAUGACGACAGGCGGGUGUUGCCACCUGCCUGGCUCUCUGUGUGACUGCGCCAGUAGCACGGGUCUAUGGAAGAGUGUGGAGGAGGCAAGUGGUGACGGGUGCCAGGCGCUCUAUGUCACCCAGGUCACAGCCAUAGAUGGGCGUUUGCUGUCCUCUGUGCUCAAACCCAUGGGCACACAAAGUGAUGGUCCCAUCUGUCGUAUUUGCCAUGAAGGAGGCAACAGUGAGGGUCUCCUGUCCCCUUGUGACUGCACAGGCACCCUGGGCGCAGUGCACAAGAGCUGCUUGGAGAAGUGGCUGUCAUCUUCCAACACCAGCUACUGUGAGCUCUGCCACACAGAGUUCAGCAUUGAGCGCCGACCAAGGCCUCUCACAGAGGUAACAAAGUGGCUGCGGGACCCUGGCCCUCGUAAUGAGAAGAGGACGCUGUUCUGUGACAUGGUGUGCUUCCUGUUCAUUACGCCCCUAGCAGCCAUUUCAGGCUGGCUGUGCCUGAGGGGCGCUCAGGACCACCUUCAACUGGGGAGCUGGCUGCAGGCCGUGGGCCUCAUAGCCCUCACCAUCGCCCUCUUCACCAUCUAUGUUCUCUGGACCCUGGUAUCUUUCCGCUACCACUGUCAGCUGUACUCUGAGUGGAGAAGAACUAACCAGAAAGUACGUCUGCUCAUUCCUGAAGCCAAGGAGUCUAACUCUUCCCAGCAUUCUUUGCUCUCUACGAAACUGAUGAAGAAGCCUGCCAAUGAGAGUAUAGUAUGAGACCAAAUGAUGGUGAUGAACAGUGUCUUUUCUGUGUGGGGCUGAUUCUCAGUGCAUCAUGCCAGCCAGCAAGACUUUAAAGAAGCACUUGUGGGCUUUUUUUUGUUGCUUAUUUCCAUUUUUUUCUUUGCCCCAUCAGUACUUUUUUUUUCACAUUGCAUUUUUUUUUUAAAUGUGUCCUUGUGUGGGUGCAAAACUGAGCACAUUUCAAUGGAGUCUGUCUGUUGUCGCGCUCGGUGUUGACCAAGCUUAUGCAAAGGCACUGAAGAAUGGACCAGCACAUGAAAGUGAGGAGAGACAUUUACAGAGACAAGGACACAGUCUCAUCAUCUACGAUGUGACGAUAACAACAGCUUACAGUGAAAGUGAAGUAAGGGAUGGACCAAACUUACUUGUUUAGUGGACACAGAUGACUGCAGAGUAGCACGUUGAUUCAUUGUUGUGCUGCACUGAUGAAAGUGUGUAUUCUGCUAGAUACAUGUCAUAUCUGGGCAUGCACUUACCUUCUUUGGCCUUGUAUUCUCUGCACAGCAUUGACCAUUUGGGAGCUAUUUCAAGCACUUAAAGCAUAGCUCUUUGAUUAUUUACAUUUUACAAUCCAGACGCCAGUACGCUGUCUGAGAUCAGUCUUUUUAAGUUUAGCACAAGCCUGCUGGACGUCUUUCAGUGUUUUUUCUGCACCUGUUUUUACAUCUCAUCUGAGAACGGAUGCCAGCGUAACAUUAGUAAAACCAGAGAUUGUGCAAUAUAACACUGUGGACAUGGAAGUCAUCACAGUACAUGAAGAGACCUCUAACAACAUGCACAGUCAUGCAUGCAACCACUGUCAGUAAUUUUGGGGGAUUUUCUUUUUACUGUUAAGUGUAUUGUAAAAUCAUUUUUUAAACCACUAAAGAAUGAACAGAUUUACUAUUCCUACUGAAGUAGGGUUUAACAGUGUCCUCAUAGAGGUUCUUGUAUUAUCAGCACUUAACAAGUAGGUCUUUAUAUUUAUAUAGAUCGAUAGGAAACAUCAAAAUGGCUUUUAGAGGAACAUUUCCAUAAGUGUUGUUCGGUGGCUGAUACCAUGUACUUAAACAUCCUUUUUAAUGGCCUGUUGAAGUACUUAAUUAGUAGCCAUUUCUUUUGUUUUUUGUUGUUUUUUUUUUUUAAAGCAAUACACAUUGCUAUAUGUGUGUAGUUUCCAUGGUCACAACAAUCAGGGAUAUACAAACUUCUUGCCAGCUUGUAUCAUUCAAGUCAUCGUUAAACAUAGUUUCUCAGGAGGGGAUGUUUAGUUACUGCCAGGCUAACAAAAAUGUAACCCGCCAAAAAUGACUUUCAUGGUGGAUACAUUAUGCAAGCACCGCUAAGGCCAAAUCUGACUUUAGCUUUGUUUUGUAUUUUCUUUCAAGCAGGCCACGUGCUCUUCUAGGUCCAUUUGAUGAAUGUCGUCUUUUUCGGUGCCAACUUUCCCUCGUUACGUUGUGAUGUUAUCAGCUUUGUUAGCAGUUUGGGAGAGAAGAGAGAAUUCACUUCUCUCUGUUGUAAAUAGUUGGGUGCAGUUUGUACUCAAGUCGCUUAUAGUGGCUGUUAAUCGACCAGUCAGAGAUGAUCUUCUCUGAUUAAAGAGGCAGAAAAACACAGACCACGGAGUCUGUCUGGUUUCCAGACUUCAUGUCACUUUUGAACAUGGUUUAUUGCUUCAUUCCAUUUAAUUUGGGUUAUGAGGAAACGGUUAAUUGCCUCUUGAACACACGGUGGGUUAUCCACAGAGUGAGAAGGAUGAAAAUAAAAACCUCAGCAACGCUUGUUAUACUGAGAACAAUGUUAACACCAACAUAAUUCAGUCUAUGGCCCUGAUGAAGGCUCAGACUCAAACACACUGGCUUUAAAAAUACAACACCAUUAUCCUUUCAGAGGUCAUGCAGGUGAUAAACCCAGAGUUCAGUAUUGUUGGUAUUAUUAUAAGUGUGCAAUUUAAAAUACCUGAGGUGUACUGCACAAGUGGCAUUGGGAGCAAGGGAGCAACCUUUUAAUCAGCUGAUGAAAAAAUUAAUUUUAUUACUACAAACUCAAUUUUAAUUAAAAAAAAAAAAUCAUUUGCUUCCGAGUUUUGUUCUUGAAAUUUAUAGCUUUGUCACUUUAUUUUACUUUUUAUUUUGAUUGUCAUACUUUGAUCAUGGUUUGUUCUUCCCAUUUCUAUACUUCCACUUUUUAUUUAUUCUCUACAAGAUGGAUCCAUUUUGUAGAUGCAAAAGCCUAAAAGUCUGUAUUUUAUUCUCAGUUGUGUUGAUAAUACCUUUUUAUUUAAAAUAUAGACGGGAGACAAAUUAAAGGAAAAACCAUCAUAAAGUUUCUUAGUGAGGUGUUGUCAGUCCAAAAUCUCCCAUUGGUGUUCAGCUGGGUUGAGAUCUGGUGACUGUGAAGGCCACAGCAUCUGACUCGCAUCAUUUUCAUACUCAUCAAACCAUUCAGUGAUCAUUCAUCCCCUUUGGAUGGGGCCAUUGUCAUCCUGGAGGAGACUAUGCAUUUUUCAGGUUUUUCCUUUUAACUAGUCACUCAUCUGUAGUUACUUAAUAACAAUCAGGCUUGAACAAUAUUUUACUUAAACUGGUGUGUAGUGUGGUGAAGUCACAAACAGACAGAUGUGCUCUCAAGCAUCACCUCCAUGUCACAAACGAAAUGUGUAAAGAGGAGGAGAGCCAGACCGUUUCAAUCACCUUUUUCUUUUUUUUCUUGACUGUCAGUAAACAUAAACAGGUUUCUUUUUCAUCAUCCACUGCGUUGAUUGCCAUACUUGAGAAACCUUGUGAUCGGAAAUUACAUUAGAAGUUUAGUGGCUGCUUGUGGCUGUUGUGCAACAUUAGCAACAGGAACAGGGUGCAGCUCAGUAGAGUUGUUUGGUGGGAAAUUGACACCACAUCUGUUUGACAGUGUAGAAUUUCCAGUGACCGGUGUCUGUUGAGUUAUUUCCUAGCCCUGGCCUCCUGUCUACACUAACAUUACACUUUGGAACAUUUAUCUCACGGUGGGUUGUCCCACAUACCGCCCCUGUUAAUCGUUUGUUUGUUAUUUUUUACUGAUCUAAGAACAAAGGAUUAUAUCCUGCAAUACUUCGAUGCACCCGGGGGCUCAUCUGCCUUACAAGCUUAUGAGUCAUUUGAUCAUCUGUGUGUUUACUGUUCGUCAUGAACAAGGCUUUACUCGAGUAUUAGGAUCUAUCGGUGCACUGAUUUGAAGCAAUGUAAAGAGGUGCAGUAAUUCCAAAAUUGCUUGAAAACAAGAAACAGCUGAAUUUCUAAGUUAAUGUAUUUUGAUAGUUUGUAUUGUAUUGGAAGUAUAUACAACUUUGCCCACGAAUUAUGCAACACUGCUCCUUCUUUAGCUACCUGCCUAUCCAUGCCAGUUAUCAGAGCUACAUGAAACAGAUCGUGUUUCAUGAGACAUCUACCAUAAUGUAAUAAUUACUUUAUACAUAUUCCACAAUUCAAACCAAGAAAUGGAUUUUAAAUCAUUGUUUUCUUUGUUUAUUUCACAAAUGAACAUGUAGAUGUUACUUAUGUUGUGUUAUGUUAAAUAACAUUUUUGUAAUCUUUUAAUUCUACAUGUCUUCUUUGGACAUGUAGGGUAUGUUAAUAUGUGUCAUUUGUUGCAAUUCUUCAAGUAUUCACAUUUUAAAUACUAUGUGUAUGGUGUGCUGUGGGAAAAAAAAAAAGAAAGAUGUUGUCACCAAAAUCCUGGUACCUGCAAUCAGCCAAGAAUCGUUUGCAAAGCAAAUAAAAAAAAAAAAAAUGUUGACAAAUUA